AUGGACCUUUCAUCUUCGGGAAUCCAGGAGCCUUUUGACCUGAUCAGACUUUCACUCAGUGAGCGGGUGUUUGUAAAGUUGAGAGGAGAUCGGGAAUUGACUGGGAUCCUGCAUGCUUACGAUGGCCACAUGAAUUUGAUAAUGAGCGACGUUGAGGAGACGAUCUUGAUCGUGGAUACGGACAGCGUGCCAACUGGCCAGGGCGUUCUACAGGUUGCAAAACGGAAGAUGGAAAUGCUCUUCGUAAGAGGGGAUGGUGUCAUCUUGGUAUCACCACCAGCGCGAACAUAG